AUGGCUUGGAUAGACUGCUUAGAGCUAUACAAGGACGUCAUGGACCAUUUAAACACCUCAACAAACCAAACAAACCCAUCUCAUAGCCCAAAAUGGAUAAUCACAACAGUAUUUAAUCACCAAAAAUGCAUAAAUAGCUUUAAAAACUUAAAUUUAAUUGUAGAUUUAUUAGUUGGAAACAAUUCCCCAGCUAGUAAGCUAUCUACAACAAGCGGUCGUGGACUGAUCCAACUAGCAAAAGGGGAAGCAACACCACAGGCCAAUAUGGUUGUGGCCCAAGAUGGCUCGGGUAAUUUUAAUACAAUCACCGAAGCCAUUAAAGCAUCCGAAAAACAAAGAGUUGGAUCACAUAGAUUUGUGAUAUACGUGAAAGCUGGUAUUUACGAAGAAAAACUAGUUAUCAAGCAAUCCAUGACCGAUCUAAUGCUCAUUGGAGACGGCAUUGAUGCAACUAUUAUAACAAGCGGAAAAAGUUCUAUCGAGGGCUUGAUAACUUUUAACACCGCAACCGUCCAGGUUUUUGGUUCGGGUUUUGUGGCUGUUGGAAUAACAUUCGAGAACACUGCUGGCCCCGCAAAAGGACAAGCCGUGGCGCUCCUCUCAGCGUCAAAUCUCUCAGCUUACUACAAAUGUAGCUUCAAAGGGUACCAAGACACCCUAUGCCUCUUCCAAAAUCAACAGUUUUAUCGCGAAUGUGACAUAUAUGGAACCGUGGAUUUCAUCUUUGGGGACGCUGCAGCUGUCCUCCAAAACUGCAACAUUUAUAUCCGAACCCCAUUACCGGGCCAAGAAAACACGAUAACGGCCCAAGGAAGAAUUGAUCCAGCUUCAAAUACAGGAUUUGUCAUAGAAAAUUCCCGGGUCGCCCCAGCCCCUGACACGACCCUAACUGCAGGGUCGGUCAUGACGUUUCUUGGACGGCCAUGGAGGGACUAUGCAAGGGUUGUUUAUGUAAAGUGUUUUUUUGAUAUUAUGAUUGACCCUGCAGGAUGGUUACCAUAUAAGGGGAACUCUGCAUUUGAGAAAGUGUAUUAUGCCGAGUAUAUGAACUACGGGAAGGGCGCAGGUACCGCCGGUAGGGUAACUUGGCCGGGAUAUCAUUUUCUGACCACCGGCGAGGAGGUGGAGAAGUUUUCCGUUAGUCGGUUUUUGUUCGGAGAGUCUUGGAUCCCUCAGACUGGAGUGCCAUUUAAUUCUGGUUUAUGAAUGUUUUGGACCAAUAAAUGUAGUUCGAUUAAUUAAUUAAUUAAUUAGAGUGAAAAAGAACACCGAUUUAGUUUGAUUUUAAAACUUAAUUAAAUAAAUAUGUAAUGCAGUUACAAG